UCAGACCCAUGGCUCUUGGUCCUGCUGGCAGAGGCUCCUCUCUUCCCAGCAGCAGCUCAAACUCUUGUUUUUCACCAUCAUAACUGUUCCACCACCUUGGCCACAGGCUGCUGCACUCCAUACCCUAACACAGGUUAUUGGUGAAGACAACCAAGGAGGAGCUUCAGUGUGUGUCCUGUGCUUGCAAUUGCCUGCCUAGAAGAAAAGACUCCCUCCCUAGCAGCCACGCCAGAGGCUGCCCUGCUGGCUCCUUCCCCUUCUCGCCCCCAGCUGCCUCCUCAUUAAAUCCCUGUCCUCAUUAAUUGAUUUAUUGCAGGUGGCUGUUUCUGGCUUUGAGCUGGCUGCAGCCUCUCGGUGCCCCAGGAGCAGCACUCGCUGAGCUCUCCCAGCCUCAUUCACACAGGUGAUGUCCAUUGACUUCAAGUCAACAGAAGCACCGAGCCGGCGGCAGAGCCGUUUGAGCCCCCGCUGAGCCCUUAGCAGCUCCGGAGAGGAUUUGAUGUGACCUUAACAACCAAGUUUGCCCCAGUGCAGCUGAGAAGCUUCGUUAACUCUCCUCUGUGCAUGUCCCAUGGGCACACAGGGGGAACGACAUGACAUGAACACCCUCAGCCUGCCGCUCAGCAUCCGCCGGGGAGGCUCCGACACCAACCUCAACUUCGACGUGCCAGAUGGGGUCCUGGAGUUUCACAAAGUCAAGCUCGGUGCAGACAGCUUGAGGCAGAAAAUCCUCAAGGUGACAGAGCAGAUCAAAGUGGAGCAAACAGCUCGAGAUGGCAACGUGGCCGAGUACCUGAAGCUGGUGAGCAGCGCGGACAAGCAGCAGGCUGGGCGCAUCAAGCAGGUCUUCGAGAAGAAGAACCAGAAGUCUGCCCACUCCAUUGCCCAGCUCCAGAAGAAGCUGGAGCAGUACCACAGGAAGCUGAAGGACCUGGAGCAAAACGGAGCUUCCAGAACUGCCAAAGAGACUUGCAAAGACAGCCUGAAAGAGGCUCAGCAGGCGAAGGGUCGCGGCGCCGGGCACGGGGCGGAGGGCAGCAGGUCGGGCGUGCCGGGGGUCUCCCUCACCCCUCCGGUCUUUGUUUUCAGCAAGUCUAGGGAGUUUGCAAACCUGAUCCGGAACAAGUUCGGCAGUGCAGACAACAUCGCUCACCUCAAAAGCGCCCUGGAGGAGUUCCGCCCGGACGCCAGCGCCAGGGCGUACGGCGGCAGCGCCACCAGCGUGGCCAAGCCCAAGUACGGCAGCGACGAUGAAUGCUCCAGCGGCACCUCCGGCUCGGCGGACAGCAACGGCCACGCCGCCUUCGGCCCCGCCGGGGCAGCCGCCCUGGGCAGCCAGGGCAAGCUCGCCGUGGUGCUGGAGGAGCUCAGGGAGAUCAAGGAGACGCAGUCCCAGCUGGCUGACGACAUCGAGAGCUUAAAAUCCCAGUUUAAAAGGGACUACGGCUUCAUCUCCCAGAUGCUGCAGGAGGAGAGAUACAGAUAUGAAAGGUUGGAAGACCAAUUAAAUGACCUCACGGACCUCCACCAGCAUGAGACUGCAAACCUGAAGCAGGAGCUGGCCAGCAUCGAGGAGAAAGUUGCCUACCAGGCGUACGAACGCUCCCGAGACGUGCAGGAGGCCCUGGAGUCCUGCCAGACCCGGGUGUCCAAGCUGGAGCUCCACCAGCAGGAGCAGCAAGCACAGCAGUCAGAGACAGUGAACGCCAAAGUGCUGCUGGGGAAGUGCAUCAACAUCAUCCUGGCCUUCAUGACUGUCAUCCUGGUCUGUGUGUCCACCAUGGCCAAGUUCCUAGCUCCCAUGAUGCGGAGUCGCCUCCACAUCUGCUGCACCUUCUGUGCAGUGACUCUGCUGGCAGUGUUCUGUAAGAACUGGGACCACAUCGUCUGUGCCAUCGAGAGGAUGCUCAUCCCCAGAUGAAGCUGCUGGGCUGCCUGCUGAUUGCUUGGGACUGCCUUCCUCCCUCCUCCUCUUCCCUUGCCCUGCCCUGGUUUUCAAGUGCUGUGUGUGUACAGGUCGUUGUCUCUCACUGCAGGCGUGCCCACAGGCUGGGGCCGGCUGCGGCGGCUCUGGGGCUGGGAGGUGUACGUACAGAGGGGUGCUCAGCCUGCUGCUGGCCAAGUGGCUGUGUCUCCUGAGCAGCUGCUUGCUUCUGUCAGUCUUCUGCCUUAAUCCCAAGGCUUUCCACUGCACAAACCCACGCCACAGGUGAUGGUGGUGAGGCGAUGCUCUGGCAGGGAUCCAAGCAGCUGCCAGUGUCAGGUGUGCUAGCCUGGAGUGCAGAGUGUGGUCAGGAGGGAGUGGGCUGUGGUGGCUGGCAGCCCUGUUGAACUGAGAUGGUUUCCUCCCUGAAUCCAGCUGGAAUGAUGUGCCAAAGUAGACAGUGGUGGAUUAGUGGUUCUUGAUGCUAGACUCGUGGCUCUCCCUGCAGCAGGAGAGAAGGACACAGAAAGGCAGCACUUUGGUGAGGCUUUGUCAGCACUGAGCUGUUUGGGUGCUCCAAGUGGACACAAAAGGGGUAUGGGGGAAUGUGGGUACAGAGGAGUCCUUGGGUGAGGAAUGUGGAAGAAGCACGAGGGGGCAGCUGUGCAGGGGAGCAGGGAGUUAAGCUCCUGUGAACAGGCAAACUCUGCAGCCUCUGCUGGCAAACAUCUCAGCUGGCAGGCCCACUGCUGGGGCACAGCCUUGCUCUCCUUUCCAUGCUGGAAUCCCUCUGGCUUGGUUUGAGAUCUGUUUAAGAGGAAGAGAUCCCCUGACCCCUACUUGGCCUCCAGCCAGGAUGGAAACCAAGAUCACACUAAUCAUAACAAUCACAGCUAAGGAAACCCACAAACCAAACCACCCCAGCCAGGGCUCUUCCCACUCUCCACUGAAGGAGAAGAUGAGCAGUUGAUGCCACUGCUUCGUGUGGCUCCAGGGGCUGAGGGAGGGACAGGAGUAACUGCAGGGAUCAUGCUCAGCAGCUAGAAAAUUCAAUCCAGACGAUGUAAAACUCGUUGAGGAGUUCUCUGUGUGCUGUGUGUCUGAACAAAGACUCUGAGAGGGGACUGUGCUGGCUUGCAGGCAGCAGGAAUGCCUCAGCUGUGGCACACCCAUGUCCUACCCUCAGCUUCAGAGGAGGGGGGAGGAGAAAGUGGAGAUCCCAUUGAGAGGGAUCUGACCUUGGAAAGCCCAAGCUUGCCAGCUGGUUUGCCCCUGGCUGAAGGAAGGAGGAUGUUACAGAUGCACUCCUCUUCUCUUCAGUAUGUUGGGGGGUUCCCACUUGCUCCUGUGCCCUUGCUGUCUCCUGGGGAAGGAAAGCUGUGCUGUGUAAGGCUUCUCUCUCAUCAUUUCUGCAGGUGCUGCUGCUGGGCCGAGGGAGACUCCCUCUGGCACCCCUCGGGCAGGCUGCAUUGCAACAAGCCUUCAGCCCCACCUGCCAGGUGCCUGCCCUCAUCCUCCUCUCCCAGCCGGCUCCUGCAGUGAGCAGGUGGCUUGCAGGCUGCAGCUGUAAACUGAUCUGCAGAGCAAAGUUCCUCCCACGACGUUAGCAAGAUUAAAGGAGCUCUCUCCUGGCCUUUCACGCCACCAGAAGGGGUUUGUUUCCGUGCCCCUUUGAUGUGCCCUGCGACUGUCUUGCUCUUUCCCACUGCUGUCAGAGUUUGUUCCCCUCUCCGUUUUCCUGAGGCCUGUGGUGUCUGCUAAUACCUGCACCUUCCAUCUCCUUAGCCACUGACUCUGCUUCUGCUCAGACUCCUUCCUGAAGCCUCUUCCCAGCGUCCACCACCCACUUUAUCCAUCAGCUCCAUGACUUUUCCCCACCCCUCUCCUUUCCCUGGGCCACAGGGUUAUACAUCCACGAGGAAACCCCAAGCCCCCUGGCACUGUGCCCGUCACAGCCUGGCUUUGCCAUCUUUACUGUCAUCUGCCUUCUUCUCACAGGUGUUUGCCCAGCACUUUGUGAAGGGGCUCCAGAAGGGUGCAGGUACAAGGAAGCAGUGCCCCAGGGGCACCACUUAUGGAAGGAAAACGCCUCUUGCUUGGCAAGAUCUAAACCUCCCAGGAGUGAGAAUGUAAUGCCAGGGCAGGUGAGGAAAAGACUGGCAGUUGUUCUUGUCACUAAGGAGUGACCUGGGGAGGUGAAGGCUGCUUCUGCCCCAAGGGCAGCCUCUUAAAUCCUGGGAGGUGGCCUCAGUGCAGAAAGAGAGCAGAAGGUAGAAGCAGUGGGCCUGUGAAGCUGGCUGGGUCCAGACUGGAAGCUGCAGGCUGCUCUGCUGCCACAGUGGGUUUACAGCUGGCAGAAGGUGUGGAGCUGCAAAGGCUGCACAGUGUUACUCGUGCAAACUAAGGUGGCCCUGACUGGCAAUGGGCACAGCACCUCUCUAGGUCCUUUCCUCACUGGAGGAUGUGAAAUGAACAGAUGUGAAGUGCAGAAAGCAGCUUUCGGGUGAGAGAGCUGUGGGCUUGCAGAGAGCCAGGGGCUCAGCCAGCUGGAAGGCCACUCAAGGAGGAGGGAGGUCUCCUGCUUUCACCCUCACCCCUCCUGCUGGCACUGGUGUGUAGUGCAGUGUCCUGCAUGCCCUGCCAGCUGCCCAGGCUGGAGGAAACCCUAGUGGGAGGUCGAUGGAUCCCCACACCUAGAGCCUGAAGUGGUUGAUGGAAAGGUCUGUGAAGUGUGCCCGGGCUGGGGCUGCAGCAGUGCCCAGCUCUGAGCUGCUGGCUCUGAAGUGUGCCCGGGCUGGGGCUGCAGCAGUGCCCAGCUCUGAGCUGCUGGCUCUGAAGUGUGCCCGGGCUGGGGCUGCAGCAGUGCCCAGCUCUGAGCUGCUGGCUCUGAAGCGUGCCCGGGCUGGGGCUGCAGCAGUGCCCAGCUCUGAGCUGCUGGCUGUGAAGUGUGCCCGGGCUGGGGCUGCAGCAGUGCCCAGCUCUGAGCUGCUGGCUCUGAAGUGUGCCCGGGCUGGGGCUGCAGCAGUGCCCAGCUCUGAGCUGCUGGCUCUGAAGUGUGCCCGGGCUGGGGCUGCAGCAGUGCCCAGCUCUGAGCUGCUGGCUGUGAAGUGUGCCCGGGCUGGGGCUGCAGCAGUGCCCAGCUCUGAGCUGCUGGCUCUGAAGUGUGCCCGGGCUGGGGCUGCAGCAGUGCCCAGCUCUGAGCUGCUGGCUCUGAAGUGUGCCUGGGCUGGGGCUGCAGCAGUGCCCAGCUCUGAGCUGCUGGCUCUGAAGCGUGCCCGGGCUGGGGCUGCAGCAGUGCCCAGCUCUGAGCUGCUGGCUGUGAAGUGUGCCCGGGCUGGGGCUGCAGCAGUGCCCAGCUCUGAGCUCUUGCUGUCCUGAACAGCUCUGCAGAGGAGCUUAGCUGAGUUGCUCUUUCUGCCUUUCACCUUCCCAGCCAACACCUCAGACGUUCUGGGUGUGCUCCUCAGGCUUCACUCAUCAGGAGCCUCUGCAGCACUCCCACUCAGCCAGAAGUUGCCAGACAGUGUCUGUGCUGCUUGCUGCUGCCUGGGGCUUGUCGAUUUGGCUUCACUUAAGGGUAGCCUCUGCAGCUGAGACGUCCUUGGGGUGGUUGUCUGGGUUUGGCUAGGGGCUUCAGGGGGCUCAGCCCAACUCUGAUCUCUCCCGUUUUAGCUUGGGGGCCUAAAUUAGGUUUUCUCUCAAAGCUGUGUAAUAGAUUUCCCCUGGCUUCAGCUACAGCUCUGUGCUCAGUCCCUGGCAGCACUGGCUGAGACCAGUUUCAGUUCCUCCUCCUUUCUGCUCCGUGUUCUGUGUGCUCACACAACUCCUCACUGCACUGCUCUCCUCUGACGUCUCCCCCUGCUUUCUUGGAGAGGCACUGUCAGGAUGGCUGCUGUCCAGUUCAGUGCUUGUGCCAGGCAGUGCCUCUGCUGCAGGACCAUCUCCUCUAGGCCUGAUCUCUGCACUCUGUCUUGGACUGAACAAAUCACCAGUGGGGAGCAGGAAUUCCACAGGGGAAGGCAAUUUGCUGUAGGGAAGAGAUGUGAUCCACUGGCUACAAGCUGAAGCUACAUCAGUGCAGGCAUUACCUUCAGUUUUGCAAUUAGGGUUGCAAGCUAAUUACUGGCUGCUGAGUGACAUAAAGAGGGAUGUCAGCAUGUGAAGCUGAAUGCUGCUGUGCAAGGAGGAGUCAGUUCAGGCUUAUGCUUGAUGCAGAGCCAGCUGCACAGGCACAGGUAGUGCUUUCUGCACUUAAAAUUGUUUUUCCUCCAAACAAUUCCUUGUUGACCAAACCCAGCCCAGCAGAAUAGCCCCCAGGAGCCUGUAUGGAAACCAGUUUUGGAGAGCAAGCUCCUUUCCACUGUGGCGUGGAUGUUUUGCUUCUGGACUGGGUGGUACAACAGAAGGUAAACUUGAUUAAGGUAAUUAAACACUGCAGUUUGGACAAGAGAGCUCAACCCACUAGCAACAGCCAGCAGGCAAAGUUGUUACCUCUGUUUUCAUCCAGCAAGUCUUUCUCUGCUGCUUCCAUUUACCAUCACACCAGGCUGAGGCCUUUCAUCAGUCAAUCAAUCAAACCAGUCCUGUUGCUCCCCUUUAAAAGGCAAGAGCUGACCAAGCCUCGUUUCUAGUUCUGCUUUGAGUGGUCUCUGAGGCUGGGCAGAACCCAGCAGACCAAGCCAGGCUGUAAUUAAUUAAUUAAUCAAGCCAGUCCUGUUGCUCCCCUUUGAAAGGCAAGGGCUGACCAAGCCUCGUUUCCAGCUCUGCUUUGGUCUCUCUGAUGCUGAGCAGAGCCCAGCAGGCAGGAGCAAUUUGACAUCAGUGAAUCACGAGGAAAAGCUGAAGUUUCAGUUCCAGAGUUGCUGCUUUUGCCUUGCAAAGCCAACCUGAGCUGGGGCUGCAUGAGGAUGAGCCAGAGGCUCCUGGGGUGGGGGGGUGCCCUGCUGUGGUGUUUAGCCUGUGAAGCUGUGCUGUGGUUGGGAGGUUUUGCACAAAGGCACCCUCUGUUCUGCUGUGUUCUGGCCCAGGGCAGCUGGCUCUGGUGUUGUCUUGGUGCAGGUGAAGCGUUCCCAGCCCCCUGGGAAGAUGCAGUGGCAGCAGUGUGCUGUGUGUAUAUUUUGGUGUGUGCUCAUCACUGCCCCCGAGGUGCCAUUAACACUUUUUUUUAAUUAUUACUACUAAAUACAAAAUAUUUGCAUUUC